CCUCAUGAUUCUUCAUAAUGAUGAUGCGCCAGUAAUGGAUUCUAAAUUUAGAAUCAUUCAUCGCGGUUAUGUUCAUUUCUCAUGUUAUAUACAAAUGAUAUACCCUAAUGAUAGGAUUAUAUUAUUGAAGCAAAACAAAACAACAGGAGCAUUCAUCAAUCGAAAAAAUAAUAACGUAGCGUGCCAGAUUUUUUUUUCUCUUCACACAGACGUUUCAUGUAAUCAUUACGAAAGAAAUUCAAUCAAAAUGGAUGAAUCAAUCAAAGAAGAACAAUUUUCCAGUAGCCAUAAUAAUUCGAUUGAUGAUAUUGAAAUGAUUUCUCUUACAGAUGAAAAUCUUGCUGAUUUACUUAUUACAAAAUAUGAUUAUCUGGAUUCAUGUAUUGCAAAUGAAAAAUUUGAUACACAAUUAUGCAGUAAUUUAGUAUUGUUGUUGAAAUUUAUUCUGGAAAAUGGUCCACAUCUUGAUGAUGAUAUUAAUCAUCGUGAACAAAUGAACAUGUUUUUUACCUUGUUUCGUAAUAUACUUCGUAAUCAUUUAAAAUAUUUACCCGAUUCAAUUAAUUUACUUAUAUUAAGAUUGAUUGAAAUUCGUGCAAGUAAAUGGAAAAUUAAAUCAAACAUUGAAGAAUAUUAUAUGAAAAAAGUGAAUAAACUUCAAUCGAAUAAUAAUAAUAAUCAGAAUAUGUUCAAAACAAACAAUAAUCGUUCAAAUUAUCAUGAAAAAUCAUCAAAUAUUCGUAUGUCAAAAUCAUAUAACGAUGUUAUCAAUGCUAAUAAUAAUGAUGGUUCACCACCGAAAAAUUCAAAACCAUUAAAAAUGAAUACCAAAGGUAUUUAUAAGGAUGAAGUUUCCAUUAAAAAUUCUGAUUCGGGAAAAGUUAUGGGUAUCAAAGGACGUAGAAUUCAUAUGAUUGAAGAGAUGAGUGAUACAAUAAUCUCUUUUCAAAAAGUAUCACCAACUGCAAAAGAACGUCUUGUACUGAUAUCCGGAUAUAAUCGUGAAAAUAUUGAAAAAGCUAAAAAUCUAAUAGAUGUCACCAUACGACAGAACAUUUCACCAAUACCAAUCGAAUCUAAUGAUGUAUCAAAUUUUAAUUUGACGAUGUCAUCGAUAAAAACAUCCGUGGCUGAUCCGAUCGAAAAUGGAACAAAUUUUUUCAAUUGUUCAUCAUCAUCAAACGAAACAAACAUUGAGAAAAAUUUGAUGACUUUCGUGAAUCUUCGCAUUUUAUUGAUUCUCGUUUGA